AGAGCGGGAAACCGUGAAGAGGAAGCACCUUGCAGCCUAUGCGUGAAACGGAAACGUUGGUAAGAAGCAGAAAAAAUGUCUGCAUGACUAAUCUACUGAUAGGUAAUGGUUACAGUCUGAUGAAAGCUUGUGGAAGAUCGAGGAAAAUUGUCAGGACGCUGGGCACUGUUCGUCUACGUCGUUAAUACACUGUAGGCUACUGCGAGCCAAAAGAGGCUUGAAAGAUAAUUAAGCCGUCUCAACCAAGCAACGUGAAUCCAGAGCGGUGUAACACAUCAAAGCUUCAACACCUGGAUUGCUGUACCGCUGCUUACUGGAGUGCUGGUUCGUGCACAUGAGAAGGAAAGAAGGAACGGUCGUUUGAGAUCCGAUAUGUCAACGGUAACCGCUACAGCAUUUGACAUUACAAGGACUAUUGUAUCUCCAGAAAGCGAAAACCAUGUCCGCAAUCAAACAGGGCAGUGUACCCCAAUGCCUCUGCCUGCUUUAGGCACUCUAAAACUCAUCCAAGGUAAUGGCACAAACGUGGGCACGGUGAUAUCCUUUCAGUGCCCGUCCAAGCACCGGCUGGUUGGGGAUGGCGUGGUGUCCUGCGUCUGGAACAGCAACAGCACCCAGUGGACCGGUGGCACACCCUGGUGCAAACCUCUGUCUAAGUACGAGGACUUUGGAUUCAGGGUGGCUGUGAUCGCCUCCAUCGUCAGCUGUGCCAUAAUCCUGCUGAUGUCCAUGGCCUUCCUCACCUGCUGUCUGCUGAAGUGUGUGAGGAAACAGGAACGGAGGACACGUGAGAGGGAGACACAGCUGUGGAACCAGUUGGAGCGGGAGGAACUGGCGGAGAUGCAGGCAUUGUAUUAUGGCUACAAAGGCAGGAACAACAACAACAACGUGAGCAAGCAGAAGACAGCAGGGGAACGGUCCCAUAACCUGGCUGGGUGUGACAAUAUGGUUUUCUGCAGGUGUCACCAUGAUUACUCAUUUGCAGUGGGUGGACUCGCUCACUCCACCCCAGGCCCCAUCCCUGGGCCUGCGCCUUUGACUUUCCCGUACAGAGGGCGUGACCCGUCCCUCAGCCUGCACCCUCAGAGCCUGGCCCCUCCCCGAGGCUGCUGCCCAACAGAGGGCAGAACUGCGGCAGCGAGCGAGCCGCACGUGGGCAACGUUUGCAGGAAGUGCAGACACCCGCUGUGCGCGCAUGUGCGUCCUAUGCACGUUAUAUCUGUUUGAGGAAGAGAAACCGACCAGCGAACGGGCAGCGCCCAAAGCAGAGAUCAGGCAACACUGCGCCUGAGCAGAAGCACACGUGCCUUAAACACAACCUUUUAUCAGAAUGAACACUGUGGUCCCUCCCACAGGAUCUACAGAAAGUGUUUUGCACCUUUUAAUUGGGAAACUGCCUUUAGCCAGUAGGACUUUAUUUUUUAUUCUUUAUUGUCUGUUCUGUUUCCUUUCGGAAACUUAAUCCACGGAGUCAAAACGAUAAUUAUGUUUUAUAAAAGGAUACAAGAAGCUUAAGGGAAUACAAGGAUUAGGACCGUUCAAUUACUUGGGAUUUUUUUUUCUGUGUGUGUGUGUAAGAGAAUAUAAAUGGAAAUCAGUUUAAUUAAACUGAUUUAUUGAAAGAACCAUUUGCUUUCAGAAUCGUAAAACUUACAACAACCACUGUUGAAUUGUAAAAUGACAAAGAUUGGUACUAAAAAACUUAUCUUGAAUUUUCCUAUGGAAAACAUGAAAGAAGUGAUCAAGGCCUGGCAACCAAGGAACAUCUGUGCAGUUGGUUUAUUUCCAGCACCGCAGUUUUAACACUUUGUAAUUCUAAGUUCUUUGUACUUGGAAGCGUGUGCUUUUGAUUUGGAGAAUAAAAUUAUCAUAUUAAA